AUGACUAGACCUGAUUUAGCCUUCUCAGUUCAGGUUCUGAGUCAGUUCAUGCACUGCCCCAAAGAGUCUCACAUGGAAGCUGCAUUGAGAGUGGUUAGGUACAUAAAAGAAGCCCCUGGUCUUGGACUACUAAUGCCUGCGGAAGACACCAACAAGCUUCUAGCCUACUGUGACUCAGAUUGGGGAAGCUGCCUGGAAACAAGAAGAUCUGUAACUGGCUACUUGGUCAAGCUUGGUGGAGCACUGAUAUCUUGGAAAUCUAAGAAACAGGAGACUGUAUCCAGAAGCUCAGCUGAAGCUGAGUUUAGAAGCAUGGCUCACUGUGCUGCUGAAGUUACAUGGCUUGUAGUGCUGUUUGAAGAACUUGGCAUACACAUUGAGUUUCCUAUAACCAUGGUGUGUGACAGCAAAGCAGCUAUUCAAAUUGCUGCCAAUCCUAUCUUCCAUGAAAGAAUCAAACACAUAGACAUUGAUUGCCAUUUUGUAAGAGAAAAGAUCAACCAAGGUAUGCUGAAAACAGAAUUCACACAUACCAAAGAUCAACUAGCCGACUUGCUCACCAAGAGUCUUGGCAAGGGCCAACAUCAACUGCUGGUGAAGGAACUUGGAGUCAUGAACUUGUUCAAACCAUGA